AUGUCAACCUCCCGGACCCGUUCGCCCUCCAAAUCGAAAACAAAGGACCUGCAAGCUUCUCAUAGGGCACUGCAAGCCCUCUCGCCACUCUCUGUCCCACGACCGCUGACCGCCGUCUGCGCGCGGCCCAUCCCAAACUCGUACUGGGCGACGCCGCUGCUGCUGGCAUGCGAGUAUCCAUGGACGCCCAAGAACCCGCACAAGCCCAAAAUCGACGCGCUGCUCCGUGCGGGCGUGCGCACCUUUAUCGACCUGACGGAGUGCGGCGAGCUUGUGCCCUACUCCUCCAUCCUUUCCGUCCGGUGCGAGCUCCUCGGAAUCGACCCCACCGAGAUCGAGUACCACCGCUUCCCGAUCCGCGACCGCUGCCUUCCCGAGUCCCUCGAACACAUGUACCGGGUCCUGGAUACGUUGAGGGAUAACCACGACCGGGGGAGGAUUAGCGCCGUUCAUUGUCGUGGAGGGAUUGGGCGGACGGGGAUGGUGAUCGGGUGUUGGCUGGUGGAAAGUCAAGUGGCACGAGACGGUGGCGAGGCGCUGUCUAUUAUUGGGCGCGAGUGGAAGACGGUGGAGAAGUGCAAGAAGUAUCCGCACAGCCCGGAGACGGGUGCGCAAUUUGAGUACGUGUACAAGUUCAAUCCGUCGCCGAAGAUGAAGACGGCGGCGUUGGAGAUGGAGGCGGCGUGA